AUGCAGCCCUCUCGACCCCAGCUCGCCAUCAACCCCUUCAUUAAGCACUCCGUCUCUUACCUCCCCCACGGACGAGAUUUUGUGCGAACUGCUGGUAACCUCAAGACCCUUGCUCUAUGGCUUACCCCCGUUCUGGGCUGGGCUUUUGGUGUCUACGCCUACAAGCGAGUCAAGUUUGACAAGCAGGCCGGUAUCUACCAGUCCUUUGGUCACUCCACUUUUGACCCUCGAUUCAUGAACAAGAAGCCUGAGUCUGCUUAA